UAUAAGUGAUCAGCAAGCACUUCCUCUAAUAAGGAGUUCUACUUUAGCAAGAUUAACUAUCCCUUAUUAUAAGGGAGUAAAUGUGGAAGAAAGGUCUAUUCAAAAAGCUAGAGCCAAAAAUCUUGUCUUUUCAAUGUGGAGAGUAAUAAUGAUUCUCAAGAUGAUUAGAGAUUAUUGGUUUAAAGUCAUCAAAAAAAUUCUUGAAUCAAAAGAAGCAUUACCUGAACAUAAGGUCAACUUAAUAACCAAAAAGGCUAAAUAUAUGAGUUUUGAAUUCGGAAAGCACAUACCUGUUAAAUGA